UUCUCUCUGACGUGUUCUCUCUUUCCUUUCUCUUCUUUAUUUAUAUUCUCCCACCCCUUCCCGCUCGUGUCCACUCUCUCCAUUCUCCAAGGAAUCUCUCUCUUCCUUUCUCUUUUCCCUAUCACUUCACCAACCCUCUCCACCGUCACCCUUCAAUGCUGUUAUGGCUUCAUCGCCCAUCAAGCAAACACAACACCUUAACCGCACCACACUCCUCCUCCAAGAACACACCCUUUCGAAAAACCAUCACCAUCCCAAACUCGUCAGAAUACGUGUCACCGACGCCGACGCCACGGACUCCUCCAGCGACGACGACCAGCCCUCCGUGUCCUCCACGCGCCGCCGAGUCAAAAGCUUCGUCAACGAGAUUACCAUCCAUGGCGCCCAUGGCGCUGCCGGAGUAAAAGUUCUUUCCAGGAAAAGAAAGGUAAAGUCAGGCGGCGCGCGGCGGACGGGGACGAGGAAGUUCCGCGGAGUGAGGCAGCGGCCGUGGGGGAAGUGGGCGGCGGAGAUAAGGGACCCGUCGCGCCGCGUGCGGCUGUGGCUGGGCACCUACGACACCGCCGAGGAAGCCGCCAUUGUGUACGAUAACGCCGCCAUUCAGCUGCGUGGCGCCGACGCGCUCACCAAUUUCAUAACGCCGCCGGCGGAGGGCGGAAAAAGCGGUUGCUGCUCCGGCGAGGAGUCGCCCAACGAGGAGCUGCGUUCCCCCACUUCGGUUCUUCGGUGCUGUUGGGGUUCCGAGGAAGCUGAGUCGGUAACCGCAAACGAAGCGGCUGGUCCGGCGAGCGAGUGCGAACAUUCAUGGUUGUCGGAGGACAGUAAGUUGAAAGAUGAGUCGGUGUUUGGUAUUCCUGAGGACGUGGUAUUCGGAUUUGAAAGCACGUUGGAUAUGUUUGACGAGGAGUGCGUUAACAACGUUGCAGAGAGCAGUGGUAUAUUCCUGGGCGAAGAAUUUGAUUUGUCUGGAUGCUUUGUUAGCGAGAAAGAGAAUUUAGAUUUGGGUUUUGGGUUUACGAGUUGGCAAAGAGAGUGCGAUAAUUUCCAAGACAUUGGGGAUUUGUUUGUUUGGGAUCCUCUUGUCGCUCUUUGAUUCAGACACCAUUCUCGUCUUCUAAUUCUCUUGCCAACAACCAAAAUCAGCAACUUUUGUAUCAGACUCGGUUGCUAUCAGUUUUGUUUUCUGGGGUUUUAGGCAAAAGAAAAAAAAAAACAUGUUUUUUUUUUUUCUUUUUCUUUAAUUUUCCUUUUCGUUUUUCGAUCGACAUGGGUGGUAGUAUUUUUGUAAGGAGAGACAUUUUCUAUUUUCUUAUUUUCUUAUUUUCUUAUUUUGUAAUUUUCUAUUCCAGCAUAUGUUUAUUAACACCAGUUGUAAAACCGUGCGUCCCACGGUGCUACCUCUGUUCUGUGUCUUAUAUAUUAUAUAUA